CCUAAACUUUGUGUUUGCUCUACCCGCGCUCUAUGUCUUUCGCGUUUUCCUGUUUUCAUGAGUGCUUUCCGAUACUUUUCUGUCAUUGAGGCGGAACAUUUUACAUUCGUGAUAUGUCAACUUUUCACGCUAAUUUCAGGCUGUGUAAUGCAGAAAUGCAUACCACCAUGUACAGAAAAUUCCAAGCGCCGUCACUUUUUUGAGUUUAUCAGCGGAUUUUUGAUGAUGUAUCUUGUUUAUGGACCUCUAGUUGUUCAUAUGCUUGCUCAAGCCAUGCCGGCAUACUUAAUGAUGGUUUUUCUUCCAUCAUCUGUUGCUCAGUAUGGCAUUUUAGUCUUCUCAAUGGCAUAUUUAUCUUCAGUACAUAUUCACAGAUGUAUGUAUAACCCUCAACUUGAUAUCUCUGCGGCUCUGAUGGUGCAAACUCAAAAGCUGUCUUCUUUGGCUUUUAACAUCAAUGAUGGAGUAAAGUUGUCAAAGAAAGGAGUAGCUGACCAAGAAUACCACAAGCUUCAUGCCGUUGAACGUCGACCUCGUCUUCUCCAGUUCGGUGGAUAUUUAUUCUCAUUUCAUAAUGUAAUGAUUGGCCCCUUCAGUUUUUUUGCUGAUUAUAUGAGAUUUAUCCAGGGUCAAGAAUCAGAUCAGCUCCUCGAUGAAACUGAUAAAAAGCGAUUCGAGGAUAACAAGGAGGCGAUACGUUCCGCUAAAGCAGAGAAAUGGAAACAGGUGAAACUUCUACUACUUCAUUCUAUAUUAGUCUUAUGGUCCUUUCAUAGUUUUAAACCCGAGGAAUUUCUGUCUGAAAGUUUUGCAAAAAAGAAUUACUUUCAAAAAUUCAUCUACCUGUCAAUCGCGUGUUUUGGUUUCCGUCAAAAGUUCUAUUUUGCUUGGACUCUUAGUUGUCUAUCAAAUUUAGUCGCAGGUUUUGGAUUUUCUGGAUUUAAUAGUGAAGGCGAACCGGAAUAUCGUCUGGCUACUAAUAUUUACUUUUUGCCUAUUGAGCUUGGUACAAGUACAAAAACAAUCAUAGAUUCUUGGAAUACAGCAACAACACGUUGGUUACGUGAAUGUAUAUAUGAUCGUGUACCAAAACGUUAUGCUGUUUGGGCAGUUUUCGUUGCAUCAGCCAUGUGGCAUGGUUUCUAUCCAGGUUAUUAUCUAGUUUUUGUAUCUGCAGCUCUAAUCACAGUGACAGGAAGAGUUUGUCGAAAACAUCUCCGGCCGUAUUUUCUUCGUUCAUCCGGAUUACAUUGUUUCUAUAAUGUACUAACUAAUUUAGGCGCUAUGUUAUGCUUAAAUUAUUUGGGUGUACCGUUUCUUCUAUUGACUACUGAUAAAGUUUUGCAUUUUUGGAGACAAAUGCACUUUAUUGGACAUAUUGGACCAUUGGCUUUAAUUAUUGGCGUUCCUUUAUUAUGUGGUAAACCAGGAGAAAUAUAGGGAUAUAUACUAAUGAUAAUAUAACAUGGAUUUUUUUUAAAAAAAAAAUAAAAUUUGUUAAUAAAUCUUCGUCAUAUAUUCACAAAUGUACUUGGUAAUAAUAGAGGAAAAGUAAGGAUGAGCCGAUGAUAUCGGCUGAUGAAUCAUAUUUUCUUUUCUUUUUUUUUCAAUGUUAUUACUAUUCCGUGUUUAUGAAGAACAAAUACAGGUUAUUUGUUUGUCUAUUAUAUUUGUAUUUUUACUUACAGCAAUUCCGUUUAAGUCUCAACAUAUACGUUACUUUAUUGUUAAUGAUAAUAAUAAUAAUACGAUUUUCCGUACUAUUUAUUAUUAUUAAUAACAAACAGAAUAAGACCCUUCAUGCAUAUGAACACACACAUACAUGUGCGUUUUGUCAGCCAAUAUUCUUCAUAUCAUACUACAUUUACUCUAUUCUCAUUAGUAUUAAUAAUGGCGUUGUUAUUUUAUUAUCCCCAGCUUUUUACAACUGACCUCAAAAGUAUGUUUUCUUGUUUGGUUUUAUUUUUUUGUUCUUCAUUAUUCAUUGUCCACAAUGUAUGUUUAUUAUUUUGUUACUACUUAUAUCUGUUUAAGUUGUAAAAGAGCGUAUAUAUAUA